UCAGCUCGCUCGGGCGUCCGACCGGAGCCGCUGGGGGCGCGGGCGACGCAGCAGAGCUGGCCUGGACCCGCAGGGACUUUGACCCCCGGGGGAGAAUUGGAUCUCAGACCCACCAGGAACCGAGACAAUGGCCUCGAAGCCAGAGAAGAGGGUCGCCUCGUCUGUCUUUAUCACGUUGGCCCCCCCGCGGCGAAACAUGGCCGUGGCUGAGGAAGUGAAGCGGGCAGCUUGUGAGGCCCGGCCGGGCCGCCCCUGGGAAGCCCCUGCACCUGGGAAGGCGCCUGGGGAUGGCUCAGCAGGGAGGUCCAGCCCCUGGACACCCCCUGCCAGGGCGGCAGCCACCAGGCCAGCGGUAUCCCCUCAGCUCUCCAACGGAGGAUGUUCUCUCCCUCCACCUCCCUUGGAUGGUGAGGACGCACUCCCCGACCUGGACCUCCUCCCUCCUCCACCGCCCUCCCCUGAUGAGCAGCUCCCUGCCUCGAUGGGAGCAUCACUCAUUUCAGACUUAGAGCAGCUGCAUCUGCCCCCGCCCCCGCCCCCACCUCAGUCCCUGACGGAGGCGCCUCCGCCCCAGCCUCGGCCCGGUCUCGCCAGGCCUGCGGAGGACGAGCUGCCGCCUCCCCCAGAAGAAACAGUCGGCUUCCACGAGAGGGAGGCGUCCACAGAUGUCUGUGCCUUCUGCCACAAGGCCGUGUCCCCCCGAGAGCUGGCCGUGGAAGCCAUGAAGAGGCAAUACCACGCCCGGUGCUUCACAUGCCGCACCUGCCGCCGGCAGCUGGCCGGGCAGAGCUUCUACCAGAAGGACGGGCGGCCCCUCUGCGAACCCUGCUACCAGGACACCCUGGAGAAGUGUGGCAAGUGUGGCGAGGUGGUCCAGGAGCACAUCAUCAGAGCCCUAGGCCGGGCCUUCCAUCCUGCCUGUUUCACGUGCGUUACCUGUGCCCGGUGCAUCGGGGACGAGAGCUUUGCCCUGGACAAUCAGGAUGAAGUGUACUGCCUGGACGACUUCUAUAGGAAAUUCGCCCCUGUGUGCAGCAUCUGUGAGAACCCCAUCAUCCCUCGGGAUGGGAAGGAUGCCUUCAAAAUUGAGUGCAUGGGGAGGAACUUCCAUGAAAACUGCUACAGGUGUGAGGACUGCAGGAUCCUCCUGUCCGUGGAGCCCACGGACCAAGGCUGCUACCCGCUGAACAACCGCCUCUUCUGUAAGCCGUGCCACGUGAAGCGGAGCGCCGCGGGGUGCUGCUGAGGGCACCCGCCGGGGCGGGAGGGCCUCUCCUGACUCAGUUUGCCUUUCUGACCCACGCUUGCACACUCUUCCUUCUGAGCCAGGACAGGGACUGGCCUGCAGCUCUGCCAGCUUCGUCGGGGACAUGGGGGCUGAACCGCCCCAGGCUGAGCCCCCUCCCCGCUCAGAAGUGGGCGGUUGGCAGACAGACGGUGCUUCUCAGACUUUCCACUCCUCCUCUAGCCUCUGGGCUCUGGAAGGCUUCCAUAGCCCAGGGCUCCCAUCUCCGAGGCUCUCGCCCCUCUCAAGCACUGGCCUUGACCCCCACUUCCAUGGGUGAGUCGGCAUGAGUUCUCUAGAUGCCACACCGUGUCCCUAGCAAUGACACUUUAGCUGUCCCCGUAGGGGAUACUAAGACCAGCCCUGGCUUGCAGGACUGAGCUGUUUGGGUAAACCUCCAGGGUCCCUUAAAAAGCCCCACCCCCCCCUUUUUUUUUUAAACAAAUUUGAGAUUUAAACAGUGAGAAACAUUCUUUGGACUUGGGGCGAGGUAGGGAUCUUGGUAGGAAAAAAUCUCAUAAAUGUACAAGAAUGUGGCCUAGUGGUGGGAGUCUUGGACGUCUCACCUGGAGGACAUGUCAUGCUGACGUGGGGACCAGGUAUGAACCUGAACAGCAGGGGCGGGCGGAGAGGGUGGUGUAGGCUGACAUACCAGGGACGCUGGCCACCCCUCUGCCCUGCCUUCGGGCGCACCUCCCGGUGCCACAGUGAUUCGCCAUUAAGUGCCGGUUGUAUGCUGGGACCAGGGUCCAGAAGCUCUGAGUGUCCUUCCAACAGCCUUGACCGGGGUGUGUACGCAACCCCCCACGCAUGCGCACACUCUUACGGGACAGGACUGGGCUGUCCCUUCUGCCUCCCUGUUUAUCCCCUGCUGUGUCCCACUCGGACCCUCCAACCCAGGCUGCCCUGUGACCACUGCUUCCGCAAGGCCAUACCUAGAAGAUUCUUCUUUUUAAGGAAAAUCACUUUUGACGCUUUGUAACUUCUGAGAUGUCUUGUAGGGCAUGAACAAAUGAACUUUCCUCCCUGGAGUGCUCGGGGUGCACCACGCUCUCCUCUGCGGAUGCCCUGGGCUCCGAGUAGUGGGAGGGUCUCCUUCUGGAGCCCCUUCGGGGCCUCAGAACGGAGCCCAGCUUCUGGCUCAAAGCUUGGAGAGUGAGACCCAAUCUCUGGGCGUUCACGUACCACUUCCACAAUUCUUGUAACCAAGGACCUCCUGUUCUCUUCUUAAUAUUUUCUUGGACUCAACAUAUUUUUUUGUUUUACUUAUUUCAAACUUUAGUCUUAUGCUAAGCAAUAUAUCCUGCCGUCACAUCUUAUGUGCUAGUUAUGUUUUUUCCUAUUACACGUGAAAAUAAAUGCGUACCUAUUCAAAGUC